AUGGAUCCACCGAAUGUUCCCUCGUCUCCACAGGCACCGCCUGAUCUCUCACCCAUGGGUGUCAGUCCCUCUUUCCAUGCGGAUAAUGUCAUUACACUUGAAAUGGCACAAGCCGUCACUAUUAACCGCGAAAAGUUAUCCGAAUGGCAUCAUAAAAUUCGUUCACGUCUUUUUCCACUCGUCUCGGGCUUUUUUGUUCGCUGCCGCGUGGAAGACUCCACAGAUGGACGAGCACUUUACAAAGUGGGUCGUAUAAAGACAUUAAAACCCGAUUGGUCGGUGGAACUGGAUCUCAUUACCACAGAUGAGAUCUUAUCUGGGCGAAGUAAUACCAAUUAUGAUUGUAUCAGUAAUGCUAAACUCACAGCCGCGGAGUUUAAUACCUUUAUCUCAAAGGUGCCUCCAGAGUUACUCUCCAAUGUAUGCAAUACGGUUUUUAAAAUGGAAGAGCGUUUACGAUUGAUGGAAACUGUAAUAUUGGCAGAACCCGCCUUUCAUGGAAAACGACGUGAUGAUAAACGUGGACAUGAAAAUCCACAAACUUCUCCUGCUGGAAAUGUUCCAGAAAAGUACGUCUUUUCACAAAAUGUACUUCUUUGCGAAGAUGACUUUGCAAAUCUCCCACAAACCGUAACGAUUGUGGAUUUAUUACAAAAUGCAGUUGGACAAAAAGGUGUGGCGGAACCGGAUACACCACGUGCGGGAAUGGCACCAGGCAUGGGAACAAAACCCAGAGCCUUUGAUGAGGCUGUGGCCAGUCACAGUACAAUGUUGCAAUUACAAGAUAUGCGAAAUUAUAUGAAUUCUCCCACACAACCACCAGUGGAUGCGGCUCGUCUUAUUGAAACUAUAAGAAGAGCAGCCAAUCCUCAUCAUAAUGGAUUUAACUAUGAAAAUCUUCCAGAGUUUUGUAAACUUGUGAUUUCAGUAUGUAAUCAAUGUCGUGAAGUGGUCGCUAAGGAACCAUUGUUUGUACGACUAAAGUCUCCUAUUACAGUUUUUGGAGAUAUUCAUGGUAAUUUUGCAGAUAUGGCUUACUUUUUGGAAAAAGUGGUGGCUUUUGAUGACAUUAUGCUAAAAUAUACUACCACACAUCUUCUUUUUCUUGGAGAUUAUGUGGAUCGUGGUGCAUUCUCGUUAGAAUGUGUGAUGUAUUUAUUUGCGUUAAAGGUCAUUAACCCUUCCAAAGUUACUCUUUUACGUGGAAAUCAUGAAUCCCCUGAGGUGAAUGGGGAUAUGGAUGUUUACGGAUACAGUUCUUUCAAGUAUCAGUGUCUGGAUAAGUUUGGACGUGAUCGUGGUAUUGAUGUUUGGGUGGCAGUAAAUGAAGUCUUUCAGUUCCUUCCUGUAAUUGCUGAUAUUGAUAAAAAGAUCUUCUGUGUACAUGGUGGUCUUCCACAAUACUCUGGCGGUGAAGAUAAGCGACUGGAGAUUCUCUCCGAUCCCUCUUUUCCCCGCAUUCCCGUAGUGCAAUGUACAGAUCCAACGAAUGUAGCCCAACGCAUGAUGGUGAAUGAUUUACUUUGGUCUGAUCCCGCUCCACCAAAUCAUCAAUUGGAUAAAUAUGGUUUUGGCCCUAAUCCACGCGGGCCGGAUAUUAAAACAUUCGGUUCUCGCGCUGUUGAUAUGUUUUGUGAACGCUACAACUAUCAAUACAUCUUCCGUGCUCAUCAAGAAAAAGCAGAUGGACUUCGUCUUUCAGAUAAUGCCCGUGUGGUGACCAUCUUCUCUACUUCCGAUUACGCCGGUCAUCAGAACGGCGCCGGCUGCAUUUUAGUGGCCAAUGGGAAAAUACGAAUGGCGAUUAAGAAACCACAACGACAAGAGGCAAAAGAAGUCAAAGGACCUGUAUCUCCACGUACAUUGGGAAAGACGGUGCCCGGCUUUGUACCCCGACUGAAACGUAUGUGA